AGAUGUUACCCUUCCUCAGCUUCCUAGUAUACUGCCCUCACUAGUCCUUUGCUGUUCAGUUAAAUAUUCAUCAUGGCCGCCAGGAGAUGUCUACCUUUGGUUCGUCAUUUCAGCACCUCAUCAGUGGGUGCUCAAAUGGUGAAGCCACCAAUUCAGGUUUAUGGUUUUGGUGGUCGCUAUGCUACAGCUCUCUACUCAGCGGCUAGCAAACAGAAGACUCUGGACCAAGUAGAUAAAGAUAUGGGCAGUGUUCAGUCCCUGAUGAAGCAGAGUGCCGUCCUAUCUGACUUCAUGAAGAACCCCACCAUCAACAAGAAGGCAAAGAUCAGUGUAAUAUCUGAUGUACUGAAGGGUGAGAAGAUGGCCGAUUCGACGGUCAACUUCUUUGGCAUGCUAGCUGAGAACGGUCGACUGAACAAGGUCAAAGAGAUCUUUGUGGCUUGGACUAAGAUCAUGGCAGCACACAAGGGAGAGAUCAUCUGCAAAGUCACAACAGCCAAGACAUUGGAUGCAAGUCAACAGAAGCAGGUCCAAGAAGCUCUCAAGGCUUUCAUCAAGAAGGGAGAGUCAUUGCAGCUCAACCUCACUGUGGACCCAACAUUGAUCGGAGGGAUGAUUGUAGAGGUCGGUGAUAAGUACGUUGACAUGUCAACCGCAUCCAAAGUCAGGAACCUCACAAACCUCAUCAAAGAAACAGCAUAACCUUUGACCUUUCAACCCCUCCCUGUAAAUGAUUAUUAGAGAGUUUAUAGUGAUAAAGUGUGUAUUCCAGGUACAUUAUGUGGGAUGACUUGCUUGGGGCGGAUGUUCUACUCCAUGAACGAAGGGGACAUUUAGAGUAGUUUGAUCCAUGCAACAAUUGAACAUGUGUUCCUAUGUACUUCCUUGUUAUAUUAAAUUUACCAAGCAAGAGUACAGGACCUUUUAAAAGCACCCAAUUCCAAAUCACAUAAGAGUCUUAAGAAGACAGAUGUUUUGUGGAUCCCAAUAUAUUUGAUCUUAGCUUUGAUGUGUAUGUGUUCACAUACAGAUUUCACUUCACUUACCAACUUCUGAUCUCAAUCAACAGUUUGGAUUGGAGAUUUAUUUAUGUCACUGUAACACUUUGCCGCUAUGACAUGAUGUGGGGUAUUUAAAGAGCUUUGCUGGAACUAUCCCAUACUUUUGUGUAUCUUUGAAUAGAGAAUGUAAUAAAUACAAUAAACAUUUGAUGAAUAUGA